GCCCAAAAUUAUUGCUUAAGUGUCAAAUUCAUGACAAAGUUAUCGGAAGUGCAUCAAAUGGGUUAGAUUUCCAAAGAUUAGUUAAUGCAUGUAAAUUAAAAUGUAAUGUUAAACUUUCUUGUGGGCAUUUAUGUAAGGAAUUAUGUCAUGUUGAAGAUAGUGGCCAUUUAAUGGUUAAGUGUUCAAAUGUCUGUAAUAGGAAAUGUUCUCGAAAUCAUAAAUGCCUUAAAAUGUGUCACGAAGAGUGUUCAUGUCAAGUGUUAGUUAGUGAAAUUAGCAAUUGUGGGCAUAGGAUUAAAGGAAAAUGCAGUGAUAUAGAAAAUAUGAAAUGUGAUAUUAAGGUAAAAAAAAAAUUAAGUUGUGGRCAUACUCUUGAGAAAAAAUGCUAUGAACAAGUUAAUUGCAUUGAAAUAUGUAACAAACCCAACUCAAAUUGUUUAUUUAGGCAUUUAUGCAAAAAAUUAUGUGGUUUAAAUUGUGGUUCAUGUACAUAUCCUAUUCCUAUUAUAAUGAAAUGUGGACAUAUAUCAGAAUUUUCUUGUUCUCAAGAACCAGACWCAGUAGAAUGCUUAGAAUGUAAGCGUGGCUUGGAUUCUACUCAAUGUGACACUUUACAACCGAAUAUACAUAUUGGUAUAUAUCCUGUGCAUAAAAUGACAACAACUUCAAAUACAGUAGUACCACAAGAUUACACUGAUGUAGAAUGUACAUGGGACAUAUUUACUGAAAUGGAAGUUGCUUUUGGUUUUCCAAAUCAUUUUACUCAAUUCGACGAACCUCAUAUAUUACCUGAGCAUACAUUAUACACUUUCAAUUCCAAUGAUGAUUAUUAUUAUCACAAAGGGUUAUCGUCAUUUGAUAAUUGA